CACUUUCUGCCUCUUCACAUCCUUCUCCCAGCCGUGCUUCCAUCGCGGUCGCUGGAGAGACGAAACCAUCUUAUCUUGCUGCACCCUUCAGACGCGAGCAAGGCUGCGUUGCGAAGGUUGGACCUGCAUUGCGUAACUGAUAACUUGCGCCCCACUAUCUGCGGUGCCAUGUAUCAAUUUCACCAAGAAUUGCAUUCGUUUUCUUUGCAAUGUCAAGAGAGAAGACUAAAAGCGGCCAAAAGCUGGGUGAUGACCUCGCCUGGAGACGGCGGAUUCAUCAAGCUACCCAAUGAGCGAAUACUAUACACAUCGCCCCCUCGAACGAGUCUACAGAUCUCGACGCCGAAUACAUUCCCUGGGACCCAACCCUUCUCGGCCAACAGCGAUGCUGGAGUUGUCUCCAUAACAAACCAGCGGCUCGUCUACCUCCCGACCAAUCCAACCCCCGAGCUUCAAUCCUUCUCGUGUCCCAUACUCAACACCCAAGACGCAUACGUACGAGCCCCCUUUUUCGGCGCCAAUUACUGGACCGCCCUAUGCAAACCCGUUGCAGGAGGUGGCAUUCCAACUGCUCACGCAGCAGUCGAAUUACGACUGACCUUCCGAGAAGGCGGGGCCUUUGACUUCCAUAACAUCUUCGAACAAGUCAAAGAGCGAUUGUAUCAUGCGUAUACACUGGCAAGGGAAACUGGGCAGAGCGGAACAAGCGUUGAUUUGGCGAAUGUCCAUUUAGAGCAGUUACCAGCUUAUGAACCGGCUCAGGAAGUGGGGAGGCAGGAUUCAGAACCGGUGAUCUUGAGUCCUCGUCCUGUUCGCCCUACGGAAAUAGAUAGCGGGGCGCCAGGUGUGAGGGGACUGGAUGAGAGCUCGCACAGUGCGAUGAGUGUUCCGGGACCGGACGAGCCUCCGCCUGGAUAUGAAGAAGCGCAGGCACAGGCUGUGAGCAUAGAUCUGGAUCAGAGGUUGCGGAAUGGGGCACAUACACAGGCACAGUGAUGGGUAGGUAUGAAAUAACGACGGGUAUUGCAGCGUUUCAUCUGGUUGGUUUUGGUACAGCGACAUGAGGAAUGAGGCGGCGUUCAGGUUCUAUCCAAAUAUGAGGUUAGUUCUACAGAGGUCUGGCAAGGGGUGUCUGUGCAGGUUUGGGCUUUACGGCACAGAGAUCAGAUCUGUGGAACCGUCAGAUGCAGUUCAACGAAUACCCGGCUCCAAGCUCAAGUAUAUAAAACUUGCAUUCUUUUGAGGGAAUGAAGCCAUGAUUAGUAACAUCUAACCUGGACUACUGAUCUCUGUAAUUGCUCCUCCAUAAGGUGCAGACCAUGAUGAUGGGAAGAGCCUUUGGGAAGAGGCUUGGGCUUGUCAAUAACUGGA